GAAUUAUUCUGCGACAAAGCAGUAUCAGUAUCUAUAUACUUACGGUUAUCUACCUUCGAAAUUCGCGAAGUGGUGGCGGAAGACUCUGUUCGGUAUUCGGUGGAUGCUCGUGAGUCCGUCGAGUGACGCUGUAACUCGUGAAGAUGUAAAAAAAGGUAAGUGAGUAGAACUAGAAUGAUGAAGCUAGCAUCAACAAAAUGCUGAACAUAUCAUCGAGGAGGCUCGGCAUGAUCCUGCUUGGGUAUUGUCUUUUGCCGUUCUUUGUGCAUGCGACUACGACUACUUCAGGGAGCUCCUGUAGCGCUGACGCGGGCAGCGCGACGCAAUGUGCCAACUUGAUGCGAUCCUUCGAUUGCUACGAUGAUUUAGGUUCGCAAUGCAGGCGACUGAAUGGUCCGACACACCCUUCGUGUACUCAACUCGAAGGUGUGACACUACGAGACAGCCUGUGCUGCAAAAGCUGUGCGACAUGUGGCGACUUUCAUUGGCAAUGCGAAACACAGUAUGUCAAUUAUGGAACUACAAAUCACAUGCAGAUUACUUUUUAAGUACUCACGUGUCGUCUGUGCAUCAAGUAAGUAGAUGCCAAGAGAAGAUUGGUAGUAGAGUCAAGUCGAAAAUCAAUUCUUCAAAACCAGAACUUUUUCGCUUCAAUCCACCUUCAUAUUCCAUACUACGGCUGCAACGAGGAUUUGCGUGUGAUUUGCGCGGAUCUUCUAGGACCCACGGAAGGCAGUUGCACGCAAUUGCAGAAUCGCCUUGUGAAGCUGGACUGCUGCCGGAGUUGUCGCGACGUAGAGUCUGCGGAUGUGGCGACGUUAGUAGCAUGGGAGUGCAAUGCGCAUCGCGAACUACGAAGGACCAACUCUGCUGAGUACAACUCAUGAUGAUAGGUUUCUCAAAACUUGUGCAUUUUAAUUCUUAUCGUGCUGGUGCCCUCAUGAUUACAAUUAGCUCUACUCUUAAGGUAAUACAACUCCGUCAAGAACAAGAUGAACUUCUCCUUCUGGUGAAUAAUCAGCUACCAGUCCGGUGUGGCGGAGUUGCAAGCGACGGGAUGCGACAUGCAGUCGCUCUUGCGGCCCUUCGAUUACUGGCGUGUUUCCCCCGUCGUGUGUCGAAAAGCUAUGUGCAAAGCGUGGUUUGCACUUUACACACCAGCCUGUAGCUGCUUUUCCGACGAGCGCGACCUAGCCCGUGAAUUUCGAGAUGAUUACUGUGGCGCUCAGAUCUGGGGUUCUCAGUACUUGGAGAUCGACCUUGGCGGCAGUCAGCAAAGUUGCGGAACUUUCUCCUUCGUUGCCGGCAGAGUGAAGUACGAAAACACACUACUGAAUGGCCAAGAAACGACAACGAACGUCGGAGUCGUGCCUCCUGCAGGUGGAGGUACUAGGCCGCUAGCUAAUUUUGAUGCCCUUGUUUUCCUCCAUUUUUUUUGAAUUUUUCAUUAUGAGCGGUAUCAAGAAUAUACCCAGUUAUUCUUAUUGUGUCUCCACCUUUUUUCCUUAUGAGUUUUUAAUUUCGCUUCGUGAGGCUGAGCGAUCCAAUACCUAGUUGUACACUCACCAGGCACAAGUUACGGCGUUCCCAUCAGCACUGGUAGCGUUCUCAGCAAUGACAAUGCCGCUGGCGUAUUCGAAGCAAAGCAGCAGCUGGCGAGUCUUACGAGUGUCGGUUCCUACACGCGCUUAUUCUGGAUCACGGACGUCGAUACAUCUACGCAAACGUAUCGUCUAGUGAUUGGCAUCGGUACACGAAAAUUUCUCGAGGAAGUGGCUAUCCCCAAACUCGCACAGAUUCGGUGGACGUCAGUCGACUACUACAACCUUGAUCCCGUAAUGACGCUAGCACCAGUACCGGCAGGGAGUCUACUUCAGUUUAGCACGACUGCGUCUCCAAUUGUAGUUGUCACGACGACAACGACGACGACGACUUUGUUGGAUGUCGCAUCGGGAACGGGGUCGGCCUCCAAUUCAUCCAGCACCAAUAGCUCCGGCUCAUCUACUACCAUUUCCACUGGAAGUAAUGCAACAGCUUCUGCAACCACAGCUACAGGAGGGGAUUCCAGUAGUGGAACACUGACUCCAACCACCCCCGCCGUUCUACUGCAGACUCCUACGACUACGACUACGACAGCGCGACCGAUUGCCGAUUUCGGCGCUUUGCUUGCUGACAUAUUCGGUGCGUCGUCAGCAACGGGUUCAGAUGUCGGAGCAGAUCUGGCGACGGGUCGUGGAAGCGGUGGCACAUCAGGAGGAACAGCAGGCGGCACUACUUUUCAGGCAGGUGGGAUUCCCGUUCCGCUACCAGCUAAGCUGACAUGCACGAGUCCUGACGGCAACCCUGCGACAUUGGCCGACCCUGCUUUUUCCUCGCUGAGGUCAUUGAAGACGGCGGGUUCGUGCCAUGGAGAUUGCGGGGGUCAGUCGCAUUCUUCGUCUAUUCAGAAUCGUUUUGUUCAAAAGAAUUCAUUACCAGCUACUGCGAUUGAUAUAGUAGAAUUUUCUGACAUUGGGAUAGAAAAUUUCAGGAUUAUUUCCUCAGCGUCAGCAUCACCUCAUGGGCAGGACCGGGAACUUAAUGAACUUGACCUUGUUAGCCAAGCUGAGCGGGAAGCGCGACGCGCGCUUCAAGCUUUCGAAUCUGCAAAGGAUGGCGUAACGCAACACGACAUUGCUGCCAGGUCAAAAGAAACCGC